ACCCAUCGAUUCCCAGUGUCUUGACUCGGCCCUGCUAUUCCAUAAUAAGAAAUUGACAAAUCUUGGGGACUGGCAGUUGGUGGUUAACAUCGCUUCCACCAACAGUCUCCCCAAAAUUGUUCUGCGAUACGUGUGUGAACAAUCACCUACCGCGCCAUAAACUGGAUAUAUUCUUGUUUUAUCCCCACUCCUGGAGCUGUUGUUCCCACCCAUAAAUUUUUCCUAUCGUACAUAGGCCUAAUCAUGUCGCACACGCGAAACUUGAGGAGUCUAGUGGCUGGAGGUAGGACCAUCCACCAAUGGAAGUGCGGGGUGCGGGGUAUUGCUGGUACGGCAUCAGGUCGAAACAUUGGUAUGACAAGGCUAGUGCAAUCAGUGACCGGCAUUAUAACAGUCAAUCGUCGCACCAUGGCCGGAUCAGCUGGAAAAACUUUGACUCUUGACAAUGUUUACUCCAAUUUACGUCGCAUGGAGUAUGCGGUGAGGGGGCCUCUACUCAUUAGAGCACUUGAGAUUGAGAAAGAACUUGAGAAGGGCGCGAAGAAACCAUUCAAGGAGGUGAUCAAAGCAAAUAUUGGAGAUGCCCACGCGAUGGGCCAGAGGCCCAUAAAAUUCCUCCGCCAGGUAUUGGCUUUGAGUGUUUCCCCAGAACUCCUGGACGAUCCAAGAUAUCCGGAGGAUGCUAAACAACGCACUAGAGAGAUUCUCGCUGGUUGCAAGGGAUCCAGUGUCGGGUCUUACUCAGAGUCAGCUGGAAUUGAGGUAAUCAGGAAGCACGUGGCUAGGUACAUUCAGGAUCGUGAUGGCAUACCAGCUGAUUACAAGAAUAUCGUGUUAUCCAAUGGUGCCUCAGAUGGAAUCAAGACAUUCUUGAAGCUGUUCAACGAAGUGAUAAAUGAUAAGCCCUCAGGCGUGAUGAUUCCUAUUCCCCAAUAUCCCCUCUACUCCGCAGCUCUAGCCGAAUUCGGUCUCUGCCAGAUUGGAUAUUACCUCAACGAGGACAACAAAUGGGCUCUGGACAUAACCGAAUUGGAACGCGCCUACACCGAGUCCAAGAAAUCCUGCAAUCCUCGAGUCCUUGUAGUCAUCAAUCCAGGCAAUCCCACAGGCCAAGUUCUCACCCGCUCCAAUAUUGAAAACAUCAUAAAAUUCGCUCACAAGAAUCAUCUCUUCAUUCUGGCUGACGAGGUCUACCAGGACAACGUUUACGAUAAAGACAGUGCCUUUCACGCUUUCAAGAAGGUGAUGAUGGAGAUGGGUGAGCCUUAUUCAAAACUAGAACUGGCGUCCUUCAUGUCGAUAUCGAAAGGGUACAUGGGCGAGUGUGGAAUACGUGGUGGUUACGCUGAAUACGUUAAUAUGGAUCCAGAUGUGAUGGCUAUUCUUUCGAAGGCGAUUUCUGCUAUGCUUUGCCCCACAGUUCUUGGUCAGGUAGUGAUGGACGUCGUGGUAAAUCCCCCGAGACCGAACGAGCUUUCGUACAAGGAAUUUGUGGAGCAGAAGACAGCUGUCCUUAAGUCACUGGCUGAGAGAUCAAGCCUUGUUGUUGAUACGUUGAACACAAUUCCUGGGUAUCACUGUAAUCCUUCAAUGGGAGCCAUGUACGUCUUCCCCAGGAUCGAGUUACCUCAGAAGGUUAUUGACGCUGCUAAAGCUGAAGGGAAAGCCCCCGAUGCUUUUUAUGCUUUCAAGCUACUAGAGUCCACGGGGAUAUGUGUCAUUCCUGGCUCUGGAUUUGGACAAAAGCCUGGGACUUAUCACUUCAGGACAACUAUUUUACCACAGGUCGACAAAAUUAAGACAAUGCUCAACAGUAUAAAAGAUUUUCACAUAAAGUUCCUGAAGGAGUACAGCUAAGGGAUUUCGAAGAUUAUUGUUUCAGAAUUUAAUCGGAGUGAAGUGGAUGGAUAGAAAUUGUUUGUAUCUCGAUGAAAAUUUAGUCGAGUAUGCAGAUGUGUUAUGAGAUUACGAAUUUAUCCCUUCGCUAUUAAAAUCAUUUGCCAUCUACUUGUUUGUGACAUUAAUGUUAAUUUAGUUUAUCGUAUUUCGAAUAUUCUACGCUUGCGAAUGUUGAAGAUUUCGAGUCCCGUUUAUUUGUAUAUACCAUUGUAUCAUAACUCGAUGGAAUCUAACUGUGAAUAAAGAGAACAAUAAAAUUUUAAUAUUAACGGAUACAUACAAUAAAGAAA